CCUCCUUUGUGUUGGUCAAGUACCGCCUAAGUACCAGCACUUUGUUUCUUAGCAACUUAUGGGGGGAAAUUCCUCAAGAUAAAAAGGAACAAACCUAACCCCCAACACUGGGAUUAGGAGGGAAUAGAAAAGACAAGAAAAAAGGGGAAAGGAAAGGAUGGUAUAAAAGGAGAAUAAAAGCAAAGAGACAAGAAAAAAGGAGGGAAUGAGGCCCCACCACCCUUUUCCUAGUUUGUUUUGGGCUCCCGGGUGCCGCUCCCAGCUGUGGUCCCCGAGGUGCAAAGCCCCCGCCCCUCCGCAGGUGAAUCGGGGCCUUUUCGGUGUUUCCAGGCCGCUGCAGCUCCCUGGGUUCGGAGGAUUUUUCCCAGGACCCUCGAGCACCAGUUCUCCCCGGUUUGAGGGUGUCCCCGCAGCCAUGACACCCCCCAGGAUUCAAACAUGGAUCAGCCACUCGGGCCCAAAGCUGGACGUUUUCAUCCCAUUCCUGGGCAAAUACCACCGCCCGGUUUCGGGGCGCUGCUGCCAGACCUGCACCCCCAGGAGCUGGGAGGGAUUCUAUCCUGAGGAUCUCGCCACUCUUGGGUUCCGUGAUGUCAGCCGUGUGAGGGAGACAGACACGCGGUUCCGGGGCUGGCUGGUCCGGAGGGUCUGUGGAUUCCUCGCGGCCUGGGAAUGGAAAAUUCCAGCAGAGACCCCUGGGGAGCUCCUGGUGCGGAUCUGCAGCAGCAAGAGGGUGCAGGAUGCUGCCUCCAGCCAGGACCCUGGAUCUGGAGGGGAUGAGGGAUCCCAGCAGCGCUGGAAGGAGGAAAUCUGCCGGAUCCUGAGGGAAAUCCAGGCCCCGCUCUCCCCUCUGCUGCUGAGGCUGUGCCACUGGCUGCUCCCCAAGCUCCUGACCCGUCUGUUCCUGAACGUGCAGCUGCACUGGGGGCAGCUGGAGAUGGUGCUGCGAGCUGCCAGGACGGUACGGAGCCCAGCCGGAGCCUGGUCAGGCACUCUCAGCCCCCCUGAAACUCUGGGAAUUCACCCCAGGAUCCCUUGUUUGCAGCCCCAGGUGCCACUGGUGUUCCUGUGCAGCCAGCAGUCCUGUGUGGACGGGCUGCUCCUGUCCUUCAUCCUCCUCUCCCAGGGGAUUGGUCUGCCCAGGGUGACGGUGGGAGCCUGGCCCAGCCCUUGCCUCCGAUCCCUGCUCCAACGCCUGGGAGGGAUUUUCCUGCCGUCAGGAAUGGCACAGACAUUGAGUGACCAGGAUGAGGGGCUCCCAGGGGCUGUGCUGGAUGCGUAUAUCCAGGAGGUGCUGCAGAGCCGCCAGCCCCUCGUCCUCUUCCUGGAGGAGCCCCCGGUUUCCCUGCGGCUGGCAGACCCUGCCCGGCGCUGGCUGCUCCGUGUGCUUCGGGCACUGCAGGACGGAGCUGUACCCGACGUCCUCAUCGUCCCAGUGGGAAUUGCCUAUGACGUGGCUCCUGGCAGAGUGGAGCAGGAUAGAGUGCCCCCUCAGCCCCUCGGGAUCGGCAUGUGUCUCCGGGCAGCAUUCCAGGCCCUGCGCUGGCACCGUGGAUGUGCCCAGGUGGAUUUCUCUCAGCCCUUCUCCUUACGGGAAUUUGUGGACAACAACCUCAUCGGGCCAGUCCUCACAGGGAAUCGUCCAGAGCAGCUGCUGCUUCCCGCCAUCCUGGGCAGCCCGCUGGAUAUUGGGAAUGUGGGGACUUUGAGUCCCAGUUUGGGGUCUGAAGAGGCGAUUUUGGUGAUGGCGCUGGGCCUGCAUGCACUGAGUGAUUCCAGUGCCUGCUCUGCCAUCACAGCUGUUGGAAUCACUGCGGCGCUGCUGCUCCACAGGCACCAGGAGGUCGUGCUGCUGUCGCGGCUGAUGUGGGAUUUCUCAGCACUGCUGGAGCAGCUCCUGCUGCGGGGCCGGGCCGUGGGGUUCUCGGGGCAGCUGCGGGCGCUGCUGGGGCACAGCCUGCGGCAGCUGCAGCCGCCCCUGGCCCCACACCUGAGGCUCCCCAGGGUUGCUCUGGGGCUCCCUGACGCCUCGGCCCGGGCACAGCUGGGGCGGCUGGCCCGGGGUGUCCGGCACCACCUGGCCGGGGAGGCCGUGGGCGCCUGUGCCAUCCGUGCCCUGCUGCUGGAGGUGCUGCCAAUCCUGGGGCCCCCCUCCAGCCUCACCAAGAUCGUGCUGAGCCGGGACGAGCUGCUCUGCAAGAUCCUGGAGCUGCUGCAGCUGCUGCCCCCGACCCUGCUGGGGCUCCAGCCCUGCCAACCUCCUGACUACCACAGCCUGGACAUCCUGGACAAGCUCAUCCUUGGGGGGCUGCUGGAGGUGGAGGAGCCAGAGAGUGAGCACGGGGGUUGUGACGUGGCCCCCCGGCACUUUUUGCGGGGAUAUUCCUUGGGAUCCUUCACUGAUGACAGCGACAGUGACAGCGAGCACGGGGUCCCCAAGCAGUGCUACAAGCUCAGUGAGCCCCAGGGCUUCCCUGGAUUCCUCCUCUUCCUCUGCCGCCUCCUGAGCCCCAUCCUGCGCACCUACAGCCAGGCUGUGCAAUUCCUGGAGCGACCCCGCUGGCCCCAGCCCGAGGCAGACUACGUGGAGGCACUGCUGGAAUUCCUGGCUGAGGAUGAGGCUGGGUAUCCUGACAGGAGCCUGGCCCUGAGCUCCCUGCAGAGUUUCAUGGACAUGGGGGUGCUGGAGGAGCUGCAGACCCCCACUGGACCCCUUCUGCAGCUCUCCCAGCCUUUCCAGUCUGCUUCCAACCGGGAGAAGCUGGGAGCCUUUAUCCACCAGUUCACCCAGCUGUAGACCCCAGACCCAUAAACGGAGC